UUUUAAAGACAAAUAAAUUGUAAAAAGAGGAAAUAUAUUCCCUAAAACAAUGGUCUUAAAUGUAAGGUUUGUUUUGAUUUUAAUUUUUGCUGUAAAAGUUUCUCCAGAGCAGUGGGGGUUUUUAACACCCAUAAAUCAAAAACCAUGUGACACUUUUCAACAAUUAAAUAAUUGUUCAAGUAAAAUAGAAGAGCCAGAAAGUUUUUAUCAAAAAUUAAACAAUCGUCUAGAUAAAAUAGAAGAGCAAAUACAAAAAAUAUGGAAUUAUAAAAAUAGUAAAGGCAUAAAAAUGCCUCAAAACGGCGUUCCUGCAAACUGUCUAGAAGUGCUAGAAAGCGGCAAAAGCAUUUCAGGAAUCUACAAGAUUCAGCCAAAAAGUAGUCCCAAACCCUUUUUAGUUUUCUGUGAUAUGGCGACUAGAGGUGGAGGUUGGACAUAUUUUCUUAACCGAUUCGAUGGGUCUGUGGAUUUUUAUUUAGAUUGGGAGAAUUAUAAGCAAGGUUUCGGUAAUUUAAGCGGAGAAUUUUGGUUGGGCUUACAACACUUAUAUGAGUUGACGGGAGACGGUAAAUACCAACUGUUGGUUGAAAUGGAAGACUGGGACUAUAGAAGAGUUUAUGCCCAUUAUAAUUCGUUUGCAAUUGGUAGUGAAGCCGAAGGAUUUUCGUUGAAAGUAAUCGGAGGAUACGGUGGCGAUGCUGAUGAUGCUUUCAGUUCCAGCGUAGAUGCUAAAUUCGCUACAAAAGACAAAGAUUCUUGUGCUGUUUCGUACCGAGGAGCAUGGUGGUAUAAACAUGGUACGAUGAUGGCUCAGCUCACAGGCAAAUACAGGAAGAGAGUGGUAUCAGACGAUAACAGAUACAAAAUCAUGUUUUGGUCUACUUUUCGUGGAUCACUUUAUGGUCUCAAAAAAGCUAAAAUGAUGGUGAGACCAAAAAUUGUUGAACAAGAAAUUUGGAGACAGAAAUUUUGUGUUUAAUAACAUUUUAUUUUUAUAAUAAUUUGUAUGCAGGAUAUUAAUUGGUAAAAUUUUAAUUCAUUUAUGUAAUUAACGAAAUAUUGAAUUAUUAAAAUCUUAAUUAUUAUUAAAUAAAAUUUUCCAUAGAAUUCGCAUAAUUAGAACAUACAAUAGUACCUCUGUUUUAUUUUUUGAUAUUUUUUACUAACCUAACAUUUGGUGGCAAAUUGUAGUGACUACAGGAACAACCUUGGCUAGAUUCAAAACAUUUCAUAU